GAUCUACAUCUUUAUUAUUUAAAAUUUACGUUUGUCGUAUCGUCUCAAGUCGUAAACUUUUCUCCGGUGUUUCAAAAAUGUAAUUAAAUUUUAUCGCGAGAUACAAUAAUGAGUAAAUCCUUUCGUUUUGCAACUGAUUUCGUGAACACACGUAAUUUACGUGCAUUUCCAAAAUGAUUCAGCUUCUAAUAGUAGUAGUUGUGAUAGCAUUAUAUUUCUAUGGGACAAGAAACUUCGAUUUCUUCAGCAAGCGCGGAAUCAAGUUUGAGAAGCCGAUGAUAUUCUUCGGGGGAUACCUGAGGCAGCAUGUUGAUAAAGUGAGUCUUUCUGGACGUUUCGCUGCGCUCCACCGGGCGCAUCCGGAUGAGAAAUUCGUUGGAUUCUUCGAAGGGAACAGCCCAGCCGUCGUCAUCAUUGAUACGGAACUAAUAAAGCAUGUACUGCUGACGGACUUUCGUGAUAUACAUCACAGAGGACUUAUUCCCCGGACGAAGUUCACGGAACCUUUGAUGAGGAAUAUACUCACCUCAGAGGGAGACACGUGGAAACUGAUGAGGCAAAAGUUGACACCGGCAUUCUCGAGCGGUAAACUGAAGGCCAUGUUUCCACUUAUUGUUGAAAUGACUGGCAAAUUGACGAAGUUAGCUGAUGAAGCGGCGACGAAAGACGAAGUCGACGUACGCGAAAUGAUGGCUAGAUACACGACCGACUUUAUCGGGGCGUGCGGCUUUGGUAUCGACUCGAACGCUUUGAAUGAAGAAAACUCAGAUUUUCGCAAACUCGGCAAGCGUAUAUUCACUUAUACAAAUAGGGAUAUAUUCAUUAAUGUGAUGAAAAGGGCUUUUCCCUCAGCUUUUGAGUAUGCUCGACAGUUUGCACCCGAAAUCGAGCACAAAACCAUGUCAAUCAUCAAAGAAAUCAUGACUCAGAGAAACUACCAACCUUCAGGUAGAAAUGAUUUUAUAGAUAUUCUCUUAGAGCUCAGACAGAAAGGCAAAAUUGUUGGGGAAUCUAUUGAGCAUCGCAAUCCUGAUGGUUCUCCGGCUAUUGUCGAACUUGAUUUGGACGAUGAACUGCUUGCGGCGCAGGUGUUUGUUUUUUUCGCUGCCGGAUUUGAAACUUCGUCAUCGGCCAGCAGUUACUUUCUUCACUGCCUAGCUUAUCAUCCUGAAAUUCAGGAGCGAUGCCAGAAGGAAGUUGACGAAAUUAUCGCCAAGUAUAACGGCAAACUCUGCUAUGACGCCAUUAGGGAUAUGAAAUACCUGGAAAUGGCUUUCAGAGAAAGCUUACGUUGUCUUCCGUCGCCCGGGUUCAUUAUCAGAAGAACAACAUCUAAAUAUACCAUACCCGGUACCCAGGUGACCUUGGAUGACGGCUCCGUAAUAAUAGUGUCAAUAGAAGCUCUCAGCAGCAGUGAAAAGUACUUUGAGGAUCCUGAAGAGUUCAGACCUGAGCGAUUCCACCCUGACAAUAUUGGAAACAUAAAAAAAUUUACAUUUAUGCCUUUUGGAGAUGGACCACGAUCGUGUAUAGGCGAGCGGAUGGCCGUGAUGCAGUCGAUGGCGGGAGUGGCGGCCAUCUUGCGCAGGUUCACAGUGGCGCCAUCUCGAAGCUCCGUGCGGAAACCGCGCAUCGACCCGAAGUCUAUCCUCGUACAAACCAUCAUCGGAGGCCUGCCUCUGGCAAUACGACGACGACUAACAUAACAUUACUAAAUUACGAUAAACUAAAUAUUGUCGUUUUUUUCUUAACCGACCAAAAUAGCGUCGAAAUUUUUA